UCGAACGGGCUGGUCUACUACAGUGAAGAAACCACCAUGUGGGUGCAGAGAUUAUUGGGCCGUUCCACGGGAGAACUGCGACUUUGCCGCCAGAUCAGUGCGAGGAUUGUGAACGAAUCGAAUGUCGAGGUGCGGCCGGAGAAGGAGUCCAAGCCGCUGACUUUUCCGGGAGUCUGGCUGCGCGACAAUUGCCUGUGCGAGGAGUGCUUUCAUGGCAGCUCCAAGUCGCGCAAGUUGGACUGGGACAAAUUCGAUACCCGGAUCCGGCCGGUCAGCCUGCAAACCGACGAGCUGGCCCAGGAAGUUUCAGUCAAGUGGAGCGAUGCCCACGAGAGUAGGUUCUCCUUGGGAUGGCUGAAGGAUCGCAGUUUCGAGGGGCGGCGACAGGAGGAGUAUCUGCGUGAGUUCUAUCGCCCAGCGACUCGGCACUGGGCAGGUGCGGAGUUCCAGCAGGUGGCCCAGCACUUCAGCUACGAGGAGGUGAUGUCCAAGGACUCGGUGCUGAUGCAGUGGCUCCAGUCACUGGCCGUCUACGGGGUAGCCCUGCUGCGAGGGGCUCCUCUGGACGAGGGCGUGGUGCGGCGACUGGCGGAACGGGUGGGCUUCAUCCGGCGCACAACCUACGGCGAGGAGUUCGUGGUCCAGGCCAAGCCGGGCGCCCAGAACUUCGCCUACCUCUCGCUGCCGCUGCCCCUGCACACCGACCUGCCGUACUACGAGUACAAGCCGAGCGUCAACAUUCUGCACUGCGUGGUGCAGACCGAGUCUCCCGGCGGCAGCAACAUGCUCGUCGAUGGCUUCCACAUCGCCGACAUCCUGCGCCGCGACCAUCCGGCGGACUUCGAGCGACUCUGCCGCGUCGUGGUCGACUGGAACGACAUCGGCAGCGAGGACGGCCGGGAGUUCCACAACAUCUGGCGGGCGCCGGUCAUCUGCUUGGAUGCCGCUGGGCGGUACACGCGGGUGAACCACAGCGUUCCGCAGCGGGACAGCCACUUCAACGUGCCGCUGGAGGAGGUCCUGCCGUGGUACGAGUCCUACGCCCGCUUCGUCCGCCUGGCGAUCGCCGACAGCCACGCCUUCAAGACGCGCCCCGGCGACGUCCUCACCUUCAACAACAUCCGGCUGCUCCACGGACGAACUGGGUACGACGAUUCGGAGGCCAGUCCGCGCUACAUUGUCGGCGCCUAUCUGGACUGGGACAUCAUCUACUCGCGACUGCGGGUGCUGAAGAAACGAUUGAAGCCGGGGUGCCAAUAAAAGCCAACGCGAGAUGGCAUAUUUUCCAAGCCA